UGGCAAACGAGACCGAACGAACGUGGUCGUUGUCGCGUCGACGCCGGUGGCCGCUGCACUAGUAGUCGCGCUCGUGUUGUAGUCGUACACUAGUAGUACCGGCGGUGGUGGCGGCCGUUUCGGUUGUGCUGCUGGUGGUGGAGGUGGUUUGUUGUAAGUAGUUGCAAUUUUCUCGUCGUCGUCRUCGUCGUCGAGCUUAUAAUCUGCGCCGACCGCAGCAGCCGAUUUUUCGCGCAGAAUGGAUUGAUAAUGAAGACUGUGUGCCUACAUGUCAGUUACUAUAUCUUCAUCAUACUUUUAUCAUCGUGUCUGGCAAAUAACGAACUAAUAGGACCAGAAUUUCGUCUWGUACCACCUUUCAACGUCCAGUUUUCUAACGAUACUGGUGUAAAAAUCGAUUGUACUGCAUUUGGGAAUCCUACGCCACAAGUACAAUGGUACUUAGAGGAUGGAACGAGGGUAAUGACAAUACCAAAAAUCAGAGUGGUACAUCAAAAUGGUAGCUUGAUAUUUCUACGUUUUGGACCAAGUUCUUACAUGCAUGAUGUACAUAGUGCACAAUACAGAUGCAAAGCUAGUAAUGCAGUUGGUCAAAUUAUUAGCGGAGCUGUUCAUAUUAAUGCUGUCAUGAAUCAAGACUAUGACGUCCAGGUUUAUACCGAGUAUGUCAGUAUCGGAAAUACAGCAUUAUUACGAUGUCAUGUUUCUGCACAUGCUUCUAGCUACGUAAUGGUAACGUCGUGGACACAGGAUGAUAUUAUUCACUUUUAUCCUARUGUUGAUUCUGGAGGAAAAUAUCUUGUACUAGGAAAUGGUGAUUUAUACAUUAACAAUGUUGAUUCUAGCGAUGGAUUUAAAAGUUAUACAUGUAGAACUGUACAUAAGUUGACUGGUGAAAUCAAAGCUAGUUCUUUUCCUGGACAUAUCACAGUGAAUGACCCUACUGGAAGUCAACGACCAAGAGUUGUUGUGGAAACUGAUAGUAGAAAACAAGUUAAGGUGGGAGAAGACCUUACACUAUCUUGUUUAUCCCAAGGAUUUCCUAUACCAACUUAUAGAUGGUAUAGGGAAAAUGGAGACGUACUUAAAGCCUUAGUGCAUGAUCCACGUUUAUCAGUACCCAUUCCUGGACUUCUCAAAAUCGAAAAAAUUCGUUUAGACGAUGAUGGAAAAUAUGUUUGCAUAUCAAAUAAUAGCGUGGGCGAAGAAACAGUUCAUCAUAGUGUUUUUGUCACUGAGCCCCUUUCAGUAAAUAUAAUGCCUCAAAAAGCAGCUGGUUCUUCACUCUUAGAUCCUACAAAAUCUGUCCAGUUUGUAUGUACAGUCAAUGGCCAUCCAAUCAAUAGAAUUAUGUGGUAUAAGAAUGGCCAACCCUUAAUGCAACUAAAUGAUGAUCAAGGAAUGUACCAAUGUUUUGGAACCAACGAUUGGGAUAUGGCCCAUGAUAACACUCAACUACUUCUUGGAGAUAUUGGACCUGAACUUGUAUAUUGGUUUACGGAGCAAACUUUACAACCCGGGCCAUCUUUAUCAUUAAAGUGUGUUGCAUCAGGAAAUCCUCUUCCACAGUUUACUUGGACCUUAGAUGGAUUUCCUAUACCUGAAUCGAAUAGAAUUUUGGUGGGCCAGUACGUGACUGCACAUGAUGAUGUUAUCGCUCAUGUCAACAUAUCUUCAUUGAAAGUCGAAGAUGGUGGAGAGUAUACGUGUACAGCACAUAAUGAAAUAGCACAAGUUUCACAUUCCUCUAGAAUAAAUGUAUAUGGAGUUCCCUUCGUAAGGGAAAUGCCUAGUGUCCAUGUUGUGGCUGGAAAACAACUUAUAGUUAAGUGUCCUGUAGCAGGUUAUCCGAUUGAAUCAAUUAAUUGGGAACGAGAUGGAUUAACAUUGCCAGUUAAUCUUCGUCAAAAAGUCUACAAUAAUGGGACUCUAACAAUAGAACAAGUUCAACGGCAAACAGAUGCUGGUACUUAUACUUGUCAAGCAAAAAAUCAUCACGGCCAUUCUUCUAGGAGAGAUGUGGAAAUUCAAGUCUUAAUUCGACCAAAAAUUUUACCAAUUCCUCCUAUGACAAACCUUUUAGCUGAAGGUAUGCGUGCAGCAAUUUCAUGUCAGAUUGUAGAAGGUGAUCUUCCUGUAAUGUUUACUUGGACAAAAGACAGUUAUGGCGUAAGCAAUGGCUUAGGAGUUGGAACAGCUACAAGAAAUCAUGAUGAGUAUUCGUCAUCAUUAAUUAUAGAGCGUAUCACUGCUGAACAUGCGGGAAAYUAUACGUGUAUAGCAACAAAUUCAGCAGGCGAAGAAAAAUAUACGGUACCACUAACAGUAAACGUUCCUCCAAAAUGGACGGUUGAACCUGAAGAUACAAAUGUGGUUAUGGGUCAUCCGUGCAUGUUACAUUGUCAAGCAGAAGGUUAUCCUACCCCGACGGUAGUUUGGAGAAAAUCAUUCGGCGAUUCAAUAGGUGAAUAUAAGGACUUUUUAUAUGAACCCAAUGUGAAUUUCUUUAGAAACGGAACUUUGGAGUUUUUGCAUACUAGUAAGGCUAAUGAAGGGAAGUAUAUGUGUGAGGCAAAAAACGAUAUUAGUCCUGGAUUAAGCAAAGUCAUACAAUUAAAAAUAAAUGCUCCAGUGAAGUUUAUCCAAAAAACUAGGCAAAUUCAGGUUAAACUUAAUGAUGAUGCUCAUAUACAGUGUAUUGCUGUAGGAGAUAAACCAUUACAAAUAUCUUGGAAGGGAUCAAAUAAUAUGCCAAUUUUGAAGGAUGUAGAUCGAAGGUUCAAUAUAAGAGAACAAUCUAAAGACAAUGGAAUAAUGUCAGAACUUGGAAUAUCGCCUGUGUAUAGACACGAUACAGGUUUUUUUAAAUGUACCGGGAGUAAUAAUUAUGGACACGAUGAAAAUUUGAUUGAACUGAUAGUGCAGGAAACGCCGGAAAGUCCAAAAGAUAUUAGAAUUUUGAAUCAACAAAGCCGGUCAUUGGAGAUAACAUGGAAUAAACCAUACGACGGAAAUAGUGUUAUAUUAAAUUAUAUAGUCCAAUACAAAUUAGUUGCAUCAUUUUGGAUAACUGACCCAGCAAAAGUAAUUGUUUCUGGGACGCAAACCGUUACCACCAUCGAGGGAUUAACACCGGCAACGUCUUACCAUAUACGAGUUAUAGCAGAAAAUUCCAUGGGAUUUAGUGAGCCUAGUGACGAAGCACAAGCUUUUACACAAGAAGAGGUUCCCAGCAUGGCACCUCAAAAUGUUCGUGCUGAAGCUAAAAGCAAAACAGAACUUUUAAUAAUGUGGGAACCACCUCCUUCAGACUCUUGUAAUGGAAUUUUAAUUGGUUAUCACAUUGGAUACCUGCCAACGGAUGACGCAAAAGAUCCUACGACACCAACGGUACCGCACAGUCGUUACAUUAUAAAAACUAUUAACAUAAAUUCUCAAUAUGGUGAAGACUUUGUUAUUAGUGGUCUCAUACCGUACACGACGUACUCGAUUGUAGUAAAAGCUUUUAAUAGCAAAGGGUCUGGACCGUUUUCAAAGCCUAUUACAGUGCAGACUGAGGAAGGAAUACCCACAAUGCCACCAGAAAAACUGGCAUGUAGAUCUUUAACAUCACAAAGUAUACAAGUAUCUUGGGAUUUACCUCUGCCGACGGGGCGCAAUGGUAAAAUACAAGGUUUCAAAGUAUCGUAUCAACCAGCAGAAGAUUGGUAUGAAAAGAAUGAAUUUGAAACGAAAAUUACUAGCAUACAAUACACAACAAUUCAAGCUUUAUUGAAAUACACAAACUAUAGUAUAUCAGUACUUGCAUUUACGAGUAAAGGAGACGGGAUUCAAAGUGGUCCAAUCUACUGCAAAACUGAAGAAGAUACCCCUUCCGUACCAGCAGAUAUCAAAGCAGUAAUAAGCUCCAUAAAAACCAUUGUUGUAUCUUGGCUUCCACCGAUUCGUCCAAAUGGGAGACUAACGGGUUAUAUUUUAUACAUAUCAAUUUUAAGCGGUCACAAAGAUUCUAAACCAAUAAGAAAAAUACUUAGCCCAUCUAUUGAGGUUUUUGAAGCAUCAAGAAUUAUUGAUAGUGCCAAAUAUCAGUUUUGGGUUAAAGCAUUAACUAAAGUUGGGGAAGGUGAGAGCACUAGAACGAUAACUGUACUCCCGACGAUUAAAAUCUCCGCUCAGAUAGUAUCAUUCAGUCAAGUUUUGAUUAUACGAUGGAAGAAAAAUGUAACAUUAAGCUGUAAAAGAGUAGGAAUACCGUAUCCUCAACCAAUAUGGACAAAAGGUGGACGAUCAAUCACUUCAAGUGGAAGAUAUCAGAUACACAAAGAUGGGUCUUUGGUUAUAAAUGAUAUACAACAUGCAGAUCGAGGAAACUAUACGUGUGCUGUGGAGAAUACAUACGGGAAAGAUGAAAUUUCAUACUCAGUUAAUGUUAGAGUACCACCAUCACCUCCAAAGUUAACUGUAUAUUUAGAAGAAACUGAUAGCUUACAACUGAAGUGGACGGAUACAGCUGAACCAGACAUACCAAUAUUAGGCUAUAUAAUCAAUUUUAAACGUGAACAUGGCGAUUGGGAAGAAAUCCAUAUUGAUGCAAAGACUCAUUUUCAUAUAUUACAAAAAUUACUUUGUGGCACAAGAUAUCAAUUGUAUAUUACUGCUUAUAACAAAAUUGGAACGGGUCUACCAUGUGACAUUUUAACAUCAUAUACUAAAGGAUCAGUGCCUAUUCCACCUGAAUCGCCAACUGAAGCAAUAACAUAUAAUAGCUCAACAGUAACCGCCUGGUUUGAUCUAUGGGGAAGUGGAGGAUGUGAUAUAUUAUAUUAUACAAUCGAAUGGAAACAACAAAAAUCUGAUGACUGGAUUUUAAGUGAUGUUAAUAAACCAAUAGCUCCAACAGAACGUAUGUAUACGGUUGACGGUCUUGAGCCGGCAACUAAAUAUCAAUUGAAAGUUAUUGCACACAAUAAUAUUGGUUCAUCGUAUGCGUUGUAUAAUUUCACGACGCUCACUAUUGAUGGAGCGACU